AUGAAUGUCAUCUUUGCAGGGGACUUCGUGCAGCUACCUCCUGCAAUAGGAGGAGAAGCAUCUUCUCUGUAUGGUCCAUGUGACAGAAUGCAUGCUGCAAGCCCUAGAUCGCAGGAAAUGGCGAUGGGUAAGGCCAUAUGGCAUCAAGUUACUAUGGUUGUGAUAUUGAGGCAGAAUAUGCGACAGCGUACCCAGUCCCCCGAGGAUGAAAAGCUCCGCACUGCCCUCACAAAUAUGAGGUAUAAAUCUGUCACCAAAUCUGACAUCGCCUUCUUGAAUAGCAAAGUCGCAGGUAAGCCUACCGCUGUGAAGAUCACGGAUCCCGCUUUUCGAAACGUGUCUAUCAUCACAGGACUGAACAGCUCUCGAACGACUGAAGAUGACUGGGCGAACAGGCCAUGUGGCAAGAGUGCCAGAAGCAAUGUACGAGCCAUCACACCUCACUUACGUGAGUUGCUAUGGGCUGUGCCGCCUUCUGCGAAUGACAAGCACAUACCUGCUACCUUGUCUCUCUGCAAAGGCAUGCCUGUCAUGAUCAGGUCCAACUCUGCAACAGAGCUAUGCAUCACCAAGGGUCAAGAAGGUUCUGUUUAUUCAUGGACAGGAAGAGUGCUAGAGGUUCUGUUCGUUUCACUUAUCGACCCUCCUACUGACAUUCGAAUCCCAGGUCUGCCGCUUAAUGUCAUCCCUAUCGUGUGCACUUCUAACACCAUUGUAUGCAGUCUUCCGGAUGAUAAUACAAUUAAGCUGUCACGCACUCAAGUGGAGGUCAUCACCAACUUUUCGAUGACGGACUUUGCAUCACAAGGAAAAACUCGUCCAUUCAACCCCUGUCGACCUUAA